AUGUAGGUGGUUUAAGUUUAGAUCCAAUAAAUAUUGCUUAAGAGGAAGUAAUUAUAAAAAAUUAUUAGUUAAUUAGGUUUUAAUUAGUUGCAUUCACAAAAGCAUAGAAUGAUUUAUGGUAGGAAUAAAAAUAAUUAUAAAAUAAUAAAUAAGAUUAAAAAAUUAAAAUAGGAAGAAUUAUCUUUUUUAGUGCUUUUCAUGAUAAAGAGUUUUUAAAAUAAAUGGAAUAUUACUUAAAUUUGUUUCAAAAAAUCGAUUAUCCAGAUAGCAAUUUAUAUAAUUUAAGAGAUUGA